CCGUUCUUUUGGUCGUUCUUCCGUAGUCUCACUCUUAAGCUCUGUGGUUGUGAGUCGAAGGUAGAGGAUGGAAAUAAGCCUGUGAGGUGUUUUACUUUUUGGAAGCAUUUGCAUUUCCCAAAGAGAAUCGUGUCCUGUUGAUUUCUUUUCCUACGUCCAUUUCUGUCAUAUUUUAUAUGAAUAUGCGAGAAAAUUUUGGACGGUGCAAUUCGAAUUUAUUGAUGUCGUAUACGUUUAAGAGCUUUAUAUAAUACAACGCCCAUGUUAUUCGAAAAUCAAAAGGGAAUAACCUACUUCAACGCGACAUGUCCGAGUUUUCUGAAUUUGCCUGGGGAACGGCUGAAGUUAAAAGAGAUCUAGACAUUUCACUUCAAACAGCCAACUCAUCACUCUCACCGGAUGUCGCUUUAGCAGCUCUCAGAGCCUUAGUACUUGCUCGCCCCGAUGCCGGAACUCUUCAAACUGACGAUGAAUUCCUGAUGCGAUUUUUGAGAGCGAGGAAAUUAUGUGUCAAAGACGCGCUCGAAGUGUACGAGAAUUAUUUUCGUUUCCUGCAUCGAAACCGCGAACUUUGUUUUGGCCUAAAGAUCGAGGAUGCUGAGAUAAAGCAGGCACUAGAAGACGGUCUACCUGGUGUGUUACAGCGGCGAGACAGUCGGGGACGACGUAUCAUGGUUUUGUUCGCUGCUCAGUGGGAUCCAAGUCGUUACUCAAUAUCCGCUAUCCACAAGGCAUUGUAUUUAUCUCUCGAUCUGCUUCUUCAAGACUGUGUGGUUAGAGAGAGAGGCUUAAUUCUCGUGAUAGACUGGAGUCAAUUUUCCUUUCAACAGUGUAGCAAACUUCAACCCGCUGCAUUACGUGAGAUUGCCGAAGGAUUAGAAUAUUGUUAUCCCGUCCGUUUCAAGUCUAUUCACUGCGUCGCACAACCUUGGUACAUUGAAGCUGCUGUAUCGCUUCUUAAACCCUUCCUACGUGGAACGUCAAGAGGAAAGAUUUUCAGUCAUGGCAAUAACCUGUCCAGCUUGCAUCAAAUACUUUCACGAGAAAUCUUACCUGCGGAACUAGGAGGAGAACAAGGACCAUAUCAGUCUUCCCUUUGGAUCGAUAACUUGAUAAGAGCGAGCCAUGACACACCGGAUCGAAAUCAGAGUAUUGAUUGACUAUUUUAAAUGUCUCCUCGUAAUAACGGAUUUUUAUUUAAUAAACGAGAAAAAAAUUUGUGCUUAAA